AGAGAGAGAGAGAGGAGAGCUCCGAGAACCGAACGCGGCGCCAGAAGAGGGAAAAGGUGGAGAGAGAGAAAGAGAGAGAGAGAGGGGCGGAGGGCUUUUCGAAACCCUAGAAAUCGCGAGAAGGGUCUUCUUCUCUCAGCUUCGAAUCCAGUUUCUCCGCAAGAUCUCCCUACUUUCUCAUCGUUUCUUGGGCAGGCGUGGCCCAGAUCGAGGUCUCCUCUCGAGUUCCACGAAAAGGAUCUUCUUCUCGCUGUAGAUCUGGCGUGGACGAAGAAACGAGGACUUUCUCUGGAUUUGAAGCUGGCUGGGAUGGGCGGAAGAUGAAAUUUUCAUGAGGGGAGGACGGAAGCGGAGCCGGUGGUUGUCGUUUGUUUGCUGAGUUCGAGUUUUUCUUGUUUGCAGGUCAGAUCUUUGAAACUUGUGAGUUUCUGUGGGCUGAGUGGGGGCAUUAAGAGGGAAAAGUUGUGUUUUUUAUAUAUCUUGGAGGCUUUGCUUUUCUAUUCCCGCUGUUUGUUUAAGAGUUUGGAAGGCUGAGGUCUAAAUUAUUCUCCGAGAACCCGGAAUUGAGCUCUCAGGCUAGAUCUUGAAGGCGGAGGUGGGGAGAAGUGGGAGGACAAGGUUCCCUUGUCGCUGGUCUGAAGGGUUUUGUGAGGAAGGGAACAGUCAUUUUGGAGGUGAUAAAGGAAAGUCUUUUUUUGGUAUAUAUAGGAAAGUUUGGCUUUUGCUUGUCCUGUUGACGUUUUCCUGUUUAAAAAUCAAAUCUUUGCACUGGAGCGUUUAGGGAUUCCCGGAAAUAUGUCUUCCUUGAGUAGGGAACUGGUUUUCCUUAUACUGCAGUUCUUGGAUGAGGAGAAGUUCAGGGAGACGGUUCAUAAGUUGGAACAAGAAUCUGGCUUUUUCUUUAAUAUGAAACACUUUGAGGACCAAGUUCUUGCAGGGGAGUGGGAUGAAGUUGAACGGUAUCUGUCUGGGUUCACAAAGGUUGAUGACAACCGGUAUUCCAUGAAAAUCUUUUUUGAGAUAAGGAAGCAGAAAUAUCUUGAGGCUCUUGACAGGCAUGACAGAGCAAAGGCUGUUGAAAUACUUGUGAAGGAUCUCAAAGUCUUUUCAUCUUUCAAUGAAGAAUUAUUCAAGGAGAUUACUCAAUUGCUUACCCUGGAGAAUUUCAGGCAGAAUGAGCAGCUUUCCAAGUAUGGCGACACAAAGUCUGCUCGCAAUAUUAUGCUUAUGGAGCUUAAGAAGCUUAUUGAAGCUAAUCCAUUGUUCCGUGACAAGCUCACAUUUCCACCUUUUAAGGCUUCCAGACUACGGACAUUGAUCAACCAGAGUUUGAACUGGCAGCAUCAACUUUGCAAGAACCCACGACCCAAUCCAGAUAUCAAAACACUUUUUACUGAUCACUCAUGUGCUCCUACUAACGGAGCGCGUGCUCCUCCACCCACCAACAGCCCCCUUGUAGGACCUAUUCCAAAACCAGGGGCAUUUCCUCCUAUUGGUGCUCAUAAUCCAUUCCAACCAGUUGUAUCUCCAUCUGCAAGUGCCAUUGCAGGAUGGAUGUCGAGUGCUAACCCAUCGAUGCCACAUACUGCUGUGGCUCAAGGAGCCCCGGGUCUUGUGCAACCUCCAUCUACAGCGGCAUUUUUGAAGCACCCAAGGAUUCCCACAAGUGCGCCUGGUAUGGAUUAUCAAACUGCUGACUCUGAAAGCUUGAUGAAGAAAAUGCGUACUGGCCAAUGCGAUGAGGUGCCAUUCUCUGGUGCAAGCCAUCCUCCCAACUUUUAUACUCCAGAUGAUCUUCCCAAAAUUGUGGUACGGGCCCUCAAUCAGGGUUCCAGUGUCAUGAGCUUGGACUUCCAUCCACAACAACAAAUAAUUCUUCUUGUUGGAACAAAUGUUGGUGAUAUUGCAAUAUGGGAAGUUGGAUCUCGAGAAAAGAUAGCACAUAAGACGUUCAAGGUUUGGGAUGUACAAUCUUGUUCAAUGGCCUUACAGGCAGCAUUGGUGAAAGAUGCAGCUAUUUCUGUGAAUCGAUGCUUAUGGAGUCCUGAUGGAUUUAUUCUUGGAGUUGCAUUUUCAAAGCAUCUUGUGCAGACCUAUGCUUUUAAUCCCAAUGGAGAGUUGCGACAGCAAUUGGAGAUUGACGCUCAUAUGGGUGGUGUCAAUGAUAUUGCCUUUUCUCAUCCCAAUAAAAAUUUGUCAAUAAUCACAUGUGGCGAUGACAAGACAAUUAAGGUGUGGGACGCUACAACAGGACAAAGGCAAUUCGCAUUCGAAGGUCAUGAAGCUCCUGUGUAUUCUGUCUGCCCUCACUAUAAAGAGUCUAUCCAGUUUAUAUUCUCCACUGCGAUUGAUGGAAAAAUCAAAGCAUGGUUAUAUGAUUGUUUGGGAUCUAGAGUUGAUUAUGAUGCUCCCGGACACUGGUGUACCACAAUGGCAUAUAGUGCAGAUGGAUCAAGGCUAUUUUCUUGUGGAACUGGUAAAGAAGGUGAUUCCCAUUUAGUGGAAUGGAAUGAGACCGAAGGAGCAAUUAAAAGAACGUACUCUGGCUUUAGGAAACGCUCAUUAGGUGUUGUCCAGUUUGACACAACUAGGAACCGCUUCUUAGCUGCUGGAGAUGAAUUUAUGAUUAAGUUUUGGGAUAUGGAUAAUACCAACAUCCUAACGACUGCAGAUGCUGAUGGUGGAUUGCCUGCAAGUCCUCGAUUGAGAUUCAACAGAGAGGGUUCUUUGCUUGCAGUCACAACAAACGAUAAUGGGAUCAAGAUCUUAGCAAACAGUGAAGGACAGCGUUUGUUGAGAAUGCUAGAGAGCAGGACAUACGAGGGCUCUCGGAUCACUUCUCAACAGAUUAACAUUAAGCCUCAAAUUGUUAACGCGAUGGGUGCUGUUUCAAAUGCUUCUGGUUCUCUAGCUGCUACCCUUGAGCGGCAGGAUAGAAUUUCACCUGCAGUGUCUAUGGGUGCCUUGACGACUACGGAUGCUACUAGGACAGCAGAUGUUAAACCAAAGAUUUUGGAUGAUGCUGAUAAAAUCAUGAGCUGGAAACUGGCUGACAUUGUAGAUUCUGCUGAGCUCAAAGCUUUGCGGUUGCCAGACACCAUGUCAACGACAAGCAAGGUUGUGCGUCUUCUGUAUACAAACUCUGGCAUGGCUGUGUUGGCUCUUGCUUCCAGUGCCAUUCAUAAGCUUUGGAAAUGGCAGCGUAAUGAAAGAAAUCCAAGUGGCAAGUCCACUGCAUCUGCUGCACCUCAGCUGUGGCAACCAGCAAAUGGAAUUCUUAUGACCAAUGAAAUAAAUGAUAGCAACCCAGCGGAAGAAUCAACUGCUUGUAUUGCUUUGUCAAAGAAUGAUUCAUAUGUUAUGUCUGCAUCUGGUGGAAAGGUUUCUUUGUUCAACAUGAUGACAUUUAAGGUUAUGACGACCUUCAUGUCACCUCCUCCUGCAGCCACUUUUCUGGCAUUUCAUCCUCAGGAUAAUAAUAUUAUAGCCAUAGGAAUGGAAGAUUCUAGCAUCCAAAUAUAUAAUGUCAGAAUUGAUGAGGUAAAAACCAAACUCAAGGGUCACCAGAAAAAAAUUACAGGCCUCGCAUUUUCCCAGUCAUUAAAUGUUCUCGUAUCUUCAGGAGCAGAUGCACAGCUUUGUGUAUGGAAUAUUGAUGGAUGGGAGAAGAAGAAAUCAAGAUUCAUUCAAGCACCAGCUAGUCAUGCAGCUCCAUUAGUUGGGGAAACCAAGGUUCAGUUCCACAAUGAUCAGGCACAUCUCUUAGUUGUGCACGAAAGCCAACUUUCUGUCUAUGACAGCAAACUUGAAUGCCUUCGCUCGUGGUCUCCUAGAGAUGCCCUUCCUGCCCCCAUUUCAUGUGCAAUAUACUCCUGUGAUGGUCUGUUGGUAUAUGCUGGAUUCUGUGAUGGUGCAGUUGGAGUUUUUGAUGCAGACAGCCUGAGGCUUCGAUGUCGUAUUGCACCUUCUGCCUAUAUAUCCCCUUCAGUUCCCAGCACUGGAACAGUCUAUCCUUUGGCUAUUGCUGCCCAUCCAUCAGACCCCAAUCAAUUAGCAUUGGGAAUGAGUGAUGGGGCAGUCCAUGUGGUGGAACCAUCAGAUACAGAAUCAAAAUGGGGAACGCUGCCCCCCAAGGACAAUGGAACCCUCCCAUCCAUCCCUUCCAAUCCUGCUCUGUGUAAUCAGGUAUCAGAAGGCCCUCCAAGGUGACUAAACCUGUAGCUCUUCAGCUGUGCAGGUGAUCAACUUUUUUUAUCUGACACCUUGCUGCCUAGGGAAGUGCCAUGUCUUCCAGUUGUAAAGCUUGUUAUGAUUUUUGCUGUCUAGAUUUUUUUUUUCCUCUGGAAGAAGAAAAAUAUUUUCAACUUCACAAGAUUUAAGAUAUGGAAUGCGUGUUAUCGACUAAUCUAAUUCUUUCUGAUCUUAGAGUAGUAAGUGCAUAGACCUGUUGA